CCUUUAGACGGACGCCCACCAACGCCAGUCCGGAACCGGGGUCCGAGGCCCCGCCUCCCCGGACUUUCCGUUCUCCCGGGUGGGAAGUGAGAGCAGACCUUUCCGGGGACCGCUCGGCGACGGCCGAGAAUGGGGGGCCUCUGGGGGCUCCCUGUGCUCCUCCUCUUCCUGCCCCUGGCCAAUGGCAACGAGAGCAGCCUCGUCGGGGCCUGUAGCUGCAACAUCAGGCUGUCCGCGCCCCCGGAGCCCCGCUACCUGGAGGUCCUGACUUCGCACCUGCGACACUAUCAGCUCUGCCAUCACGCCUACGUCCGGUUCCACCUGCCCAAGAGGACUUUGUGCGGAAAUGCCCAAGCUGCCUGGGUCAAGGAACUGAUGAGCUGCUUUGACCGGGGAGCCUGCGGAUCCCGGAGGACGGAGCCCACGCAGGAGGAGCAGCAUCUGAAGAGCCAGGCGGGCCUGGCCCCGGCCCAAACCCAGACCCCGGGAGGCGGCCGGACGACCGCCGCUCCGACCGCCCGGCUCUCCACCACCGUCUGGCUCUCCUCCCCGCCACCCGCCCCACCGGGCAGCACUUGGCUGCCCAAGGAGACGGCCGCGUUCAUCACCGCCAGCCAGUCCCGGGGUGGCCGCCCGGACCCCGCCGAGCAGAAGGAAUCUGUGGCGCAGGGGCUGGGCCAGGCCGUGGUGCCGGUCCUGGGCUUGCUGGGCGUCGUCUUCGUGCUCACCGCAGUCCUGGCCUACGUGGUCUGCCGCAGGCGGGGGGCCCCCCGCAAUGAGAUGCUCUACCCCCAGAGGCCAAAAGCAUAUCCUUACCAUCCCUGCCAGGCCCACGCCCUGGACCCGCCCUGGGAUGGGCAUCCCCGGGCCUGGCCUGCCCUGGCCUCUGGGAACCCGCCCGCACCGGUUCCCGUCUGAGCUGUGCCUGCCUCCGCUUUCCUUCCCCGAAAAAAAGCUAUUUUUACUAACCCUUGAGUGUUUGGUGUGUCCAGGCUCUGCCCCCCACGGCCACUCGUGGCACUCUCCAUCUGGCCAGGGUCGGGGGAGCAGCUUCCUGAGUCCCGCUCCGCUGCCGCCCGCUCCCUGAGGCUGCCGGCGCAGACUGAUGGCCCCCCGCCCGCCUUCGCUCGGUCUCCUCUCACAGCCCCUCAGCCUCCAUUAAAGGCCCCUAGAUUUCUCUGCA